AGAAUGUGAACUGGUGGGCUAGUUCUGCGUGAGAUUAGGCGGAAGUGUUGUGUAGUGGGCGGUACUGGUAGUGGUGCGGACACACAGGACUUAGCGACAGCUCUGACAGAAAUAGCCGAGCAGGAUGACGGCAUUUACACACAUUGGGCUCUCGGCUUUCCUGCCGCUUUGAGCAUCGCCAAAAAGAAACUCGAACCGUCUCGCUUUCAGGAUUGCCCGCCAGAACGGGACAAAAGAAACAAGCCCAGGUUCGGCUUUGUGUUGGCAGUGUCUACUUUUGGCAGCGCUGCUCUGGAUCGCUGCGUUUGGAACUUUCACCGGGUCCGAGUCGAGCAGCCGGCGGGCGGAGGUUCGAUCCCAGGCUCCAGCGGCAAUGGGGCUCCCCACUCUGGAGUUUACCGAUUGCUCCCUGGAUAGCCCCGACUUCAGGGAUCGUCUGAAAGCGCAUGAGAUCGAGCUGGAGCGGACCAACAAAUUCAUUAAGGAACUGAUAAAAGACGGGCUUCUGCUGAUUAAUGCAUUGAAAAAUUUGUCUGCAGCAGUUCAGAGGUUUUCACAGUCAUUGCAGGAUUUUCAAUUUGAGUGCAUUGGUGAUGCAGAGACUGAUGAUGAAAUUAAUAUUGCACAGUCCUUCAAAGAAUUUGCACAACUUCUUCAUACUGUUGAAGAAGAGCGAAGACGAUUGAUUCAGAAUGCUAAUGAUGUUUUAAUUGCACCACUGGAGAAGUUUCGUAAAGAUCAAAUCGGAGCAGCAAAGGACGGAAAGAAAAAAUUUGAUAAAGAAAGCGAGAAAUACUAUUCUAUAUUGGAGAAGCAUUUGAGUCUAUCAUCAAGGAAAAAGGAAGCACAUUUACAAGAGGCUGAUACACAAAUUGACAAGGAACGGCAGAAUUUUUAUGAAGCUUCAUUGGAAUAUGUGUUCAAAGUUCAAGAAGUUCAGGAAAAGAAGAAAUUUGAGUUUGUUGAACCUUUGUUGGCAUUUCUUCAAGGGUUAUUCACAUUCUAUCAUGAAGGCUAUGAGCUUGCACAGGAAUUUGCUCCAUACAAACAGCAGCUCCAGUACAAUCUGCAAAACACCAGAAAUAAUUUUGAAAGUACCAGACAGGAAGUGGAAAGAUUGAUGCAGAGAAUGAAGUCAGCCCCUCAGGAUUACAAACCACCUGGUCAAUGGACAAUGGAGGGAUAUCUUUAUGUGCAGGAAAAACGACCCCUUGGAUUUGCAUGGAUAAAACACUACUGUACCUAUGACAAAGCAACAAAAGCAUUUUCAAUGACCUUAUGUGAACCUAAGUCAGGAGGAAAAUUGAAUGGCCUUGUAACAGCUUCAGAAAUAUUCAAACUGAAGUUUUGCAUUCGAAGAAAGACGGACUCAAUUGAUAAACGCUUCUGUUUUGAUAUUGAAGUGGUGGAAAGACAUGGCAUUGUAACACUACAAGCUCAGUCUGAAGCCAACAGAAAACUUUGGUUGGAAGCAAUGGAUGGAAAAGAGCCAAUAUACACUCUGCCACCUCUUAGCAAGAAAGAAGAAUUGUACCUUAAUGAGGCAGGUUUUAAUUUUGUAAAGAAAUGCAUUGAAGCUGUGGAGGCAAGAGGUAUUAAUGCCAUGGGACUGUACAGAAUGAGUGGAGUAAAUUCCAAAGUGCAGAAGCUAAUGAAUACUGUAUUUGCACCUAAAGCAGCACCUGACAUGGAACUUGAUAGUGAAUUGUGGGAUAUGAAGACCAUUACAAGUGGCCUUAAAAACUAUCUCAGAUGCCUUGUAGAACCAUUGAUGACUUAUAAACUGCAUAAGGAUUUAAUUGCAGCUGUUAAAUCAGAUGACCAAAAUUACAGAGUUCGUGCUGUUCAUGCAUUGGUUUAUAAAUUGCCAGAAAAGAACAGAGAGAUGCUUGACCUUUUGCUGAAACAUUUGGUGAAAGUUUCCACUCACAGUCAAAAGAACCUGAUGACUAUAUCUAACUUAGGUGUGAUUUUUGGUCCAACAUUAAUGAGAUCCCAAGAAGAGACUGUAGCAGCAAUGAUGAACAUUAAAUUUCAGAACAUUGUGGUUGAGAUUCUGAUUGAGAAUUAUGAAAAGAUAUUCCACACUCUACCUGACCCAAAUGUUCCUCUUCCUCAACCUGAGCAGAGAUCUGGAUCGAGACGAAGCAAGGCAACUUGCCUGUCAACAGGCCCAAGAAGACCCAAAGCCAUCUAUAGCCCAACAUUGUGUCUAGCUGAUGCAGACAGUGAUGCUUUCAGCAGCAGCCCAGACAGUACACCGAUGGGAAGCAUAGAGUCUCUGUCCUCUCAUUCCUCAGAGAUAAACAGUUCCUUGAAAACCAGCUCUUCUCAGCGUCAUUUGCAAAGGGAGAUAGGAGACAGUGGAAUACCAUGGGUGUCAGCACCUGCCUCACUGCCUGGACAAAAGAGCACAAUUGUCUGGACGACUAGCCCAGAAUCAAGUUCCAGUGAAGAUACUGUCAAAACAGAUGGUCAGGCAGGUUCUCAGAGUUUGUUGUCUGUCAGUAAUGUAGGAAACACAUCUCAGACAUUAAACUUGUGCAGUGAGGGAUCCUAUAAAUACACUGGACUUAAAAGAUCAAUAACAACUUCUCUAACAUCUCUCCCUACAACAGAUGGUACUAAUACUAGAACCUUUAGCAGUUCUGUUCAAAAUCUUUCUUCAGUGGAUUUCAAAGAUACACCCAAAACUGCAUCUAACCCAGCACUUCCUCCAAAAGUGACUAUUAGACGAAGACUAGAUGGAUCAACAAACAAUGGCUAUCAGAAACCUGGAUCAGUAGUUGCAUCCAGAGCUCAGUUAUUUGAAAAUAUUGGUACUGCUAAACCAAGUUCAUCCAAAUGUCAAGCCAAAGCUAUGUAUGCUUGUAAAGCCGAACACAGUCAUGAACUUUCUUUCCCACAGGGAGCAAUAUUCACUAAUGUACAUGCAUCAGUGGAACCAGGUUGGCUACAAGGAACAUAUGAAGGGAAAACAGGACUGAUCCCUGCAAAUUAUGUUGUCUUUCUUUGAUAACUGCUAGCAAGACUAGAACAUCUCCAUGGUAUCCAUGGUGAACAAAAUGUCACAAACUAAGAAUACUAUAUUCCAACACACCUAAACAGAUGUCAGACAGUCAGAGGUGGUGGAGUAUCUGUAUCUGCAGAAUAUAUGCCUUUUUAUGGUAUGGAGUACAGGAUUGUAGUCUGCAUCAAUAUCUGUUCAUUUUAAUUAAAUAAAUACUCACCUUAUUAUCCGUAGUUAUUGAAACAAUUGAUUUUGCAAUGUUGAAAAUGGAAAAGAUGAUUGAUUGAAGUUAAGUGUAUAUAGAUGUGCAUAUAUGUUUUAAAAAGCUAUGGCAUAAGUAUUUCAAGACUCCCUGUAUAAAAUCCCAAAUACUGGAUAUGGGUUUUAUCAUAACAGUAUGACCAAUGGAGGGUUUAUUCCAUUGAUUUAUGUUUAUUUCCCUGAAAAAUGUUACAUUGGAUGGAGAAAGGCUGUCACAUUAUCACAGCUGCACAAACUCUGCAUUUUUACAUCUGUAAUUUGAACCGAGCUGGACUGUUUUUCUUUCAGGCAGAAACUCUGUUGCUUUUCCAAACUAAAUCUCCCUUUUUUUGCAAUCAAAUAAUUUAAUUGAUUACAUUGUAAACUGAAUUUUGUAGACUUUUAACUUUCCUUGACUUCUUAGGAUGGCUGGUGAUCAUUUUUAGUUAAAUGUCACUAAAACUCAAAGCACUCAAAUAUCCAAACACAUUUUCACUUGCUUUAUUGUAGAGUAUUUUGUUGUAGGUAUCUAUUUCAAUAUGUGCAAGUAAACAUGUAUAAACAUCUAAAUUAUUGUUGUAUUCCUGCAGUAAAUGUGAAUUGUAAAUUUAAUAUACUUUGGUUAACAAACUAAUUAUGAUGCCAAAGUGCAUAAGAACUAAUGAAUCCAUUGACACCAAAGUUUUGAGAGAGUUUUUACAAGUUUCCAGUGUAGUGUUGAUCUCAAAUUAUCUGCAUAAACCUCUAACCUUCUCUGAGCAUAUCCAAUCUUCCAACAAUCAAGUAUUCAUUAUAAUCUAAUUGUUGCAUAUAAGAAAAUGAAGCAGUACUUAUCACGCAAUUUUAAUUUCUCUUGUAUCAAAGUAAUGUUGACAUAUUUAUGUAAUUGCUAUAUAUGUAUGACUAUUGAUUAUUCUGCUACAAAUCAAAAAAUAUUUUAUUUCUGCAACAUAAAUUUGAAAUAUAAUGUUUUUGGGGCAAAUAAUUGUAUCAACAAGAUUUUAGGUUUUGUUUUGCAAGAAAAAAUCUGCCAAGCUUUAUGAAAAACAGGCAGAGAGAGAGUGAGAGAAUUGUGCUAGCCUUGAGGACAAACUGCACUUUUUACUCUAAUUUUAUUUUUUCCCAGUACGCUGGUGUAUUGGCAUCUUUUUUAAAUAUUAAUUUUUUUCAUUAAGUAUAUAUCAUACAAUGGUUACAUUGAUAGUUGAAACUAUAUAAUGUCAAAUAGUUUAGUUGGUUUCAAUGUAUUUAAUUAUUAAUAUCUGUCGCAAAAUGCUAAAUGGAUUCAACUGAAUGUUUUCUGUUCAUUCAAAAUUCUUUUCAUAAAGUUCCCUGAUUGUACCAAGGACUUAGUAUAUAGUCUGCACAAUGUUACUAUUAUUUUUAAAGGACUUAUAUUUGUGGUACAAUAUAUUAAAAAUAGACAUAUUUGAAGACUAAAGAAUGAUAGAAUGAGUAGAACUUUACAGCCAAAUGAUUUUGGGCCAGUUUGUAUUUUGUGGAAUAAUGUGAAUGCUGACACUACGUGGAAAAAUGCACAUUAAUUACUAUAGUGGUCACAGUGUAGGUCAAAUGAUGUUUUGUGUGGAAGCAUAAUAAAUUAUAUUUAGCUACAUUGAUGUGAGGUUGUGUGUUGGAUUGGCAGAUUUUACUCUUCACAAAUAGUGAUAUUUUUUACAUUAAUUAUAUGAUUUAUUAAAGGUGCAAUUGAUUUAAAAUGCCAUUUUCAACUUAGAAGACUAUUUUCUGAUCAGACAAGACUCUGCAGUGAUGUAAUUUAUAUCUCAAUAAAAGUGAAAAGUGUAGAGCCUGGAAAUUUUGCUCACUCAAUCUCUCAUUCUAGGCAUUUUGAUUUAAAAUCUGAGGAGAUUAACAUUUUGGUAGCGGUUAGUGUAAUUUAAUGUCACUAAAUUAUGUGAUGCUGAAAUUUUGUAUUAUACGUAGCACAAAAUCAAAGAGUAGAUUAUGAAGUCAACUUCAAAGAAACAAUGGGCAGAAUCUUUCCAGCCCUUGAAUGACAUGGACAUUGACAGGUCAGUUGGUAAAAUAUGGUGAAAACAGAAAAAUGAGAUUCUCGAUGUGAGGAAAGAAAAGUCAGAAUUUCCACUUUAAAGUUUUAAUAGAAGACAAGAAUCUUACUAAUGAGCAGUGAGAGGCCCAUUUACACAUAUUCACAUUUUUAUUACCCAAUGUCACCUUACUCAUAUGCGGUUUGCUAGUUUCCCAGGCAGUGCAAAGAAACUAGUUGGUAACAGUUCUCAAUAUGAAAGUUUGAGCAGAUAACUGGAGCUUGUUCAAGGAG